UUGAAGUGAGAGAGGCUGAGAGCCACAGUCUCCUUAUCUGGACAAAAUCCCCUUAAAAAUUUCCUGCGUUACCCCGUGAGAUCACGUGGGAUGGGCAGCUGCGGCCUAUAUAUAUACUUUUCCACACGCACACACGCAUUUCUCAGCGUAUACUUGAUAAGUCUUGGUUCCUUGUUACCUUUGAUCAGUUCAUAUCAAUUCAUAUAUAGUUAUUUAGAUUAUAAGCUUCUGUAGCUGUAGACCUCUCCAUGGGCAAACCACGUCGCCGGAAGCCGCUUAAGAUGAGCAGGAAGUGCUGUUGCUUCGAAGCUGCAGAGGCAGAGGUGAGCAGCAAAGAGUGGGAAUUCAUAAGGAUGAGCCAACAAGAAGAGGAUCUGAUUUCCAGAAUGCAUAAGCUCGUCGGAGACAGGUGGAUGAUGAUGAUGAUGAUGAUGAUGAUGAUGGUCAGGUGGACUCUGAUAGCGAGUCGAAUUCCGGGCCGGAAAGCCGAAGAGAUAGAAAGGUUCUGGUUGAUGAGAUACGGGCAAGAGUUUGCGGGCAGGAGGAGACAAUUAAUGCUGCUCAACAACCCAUCUUAAUUAAUUAAUUAAUGCAUCCAACUCUACUCUCUCCCUAAUCAAUUAUGCUUUAUUUAUCCCUUUUCUUCUUCUUGUUGUUGUUGUAAUAAAUAUAUAAUAAUAUAUUGAAAUUCAGUGUACAA